GCGGCGUAGGACCUAGUAUUUAACUAAUGACGAGCUGUGUAUUGCUGGCCUCAGAAGCUUACUGUUUGAGUUGAAAUAGCUCUCGAGCCCUAGGUUUAAUAGUCGCCGCGCCUGAUUACCCAGCUCCUCGCAAAUUGAUCACAAGACCCGGAGCGUACUUUGCAUGCACCGCGUCUACCAGCAGGAUGUUCGGCUCGCUGAUCACCGACCAACAGAACGAGUUGUUAACCUUCGUGGAUACCGACCCUGCAGCGGCCCUGAGUCGUAGCCGCAGAAGCAAACCGCAUGUGUCGUGUGGCUUUUGCCGGGCUCGGAAGAUCAAGUGCAGCGGCGAGGCGACAGGUUGCGAGCGUUGCAUCGCGGCCGGCAUCGAGUGUCAGUACCCGGCUCGCGAGAGCCGCCGGAAAAAGUGUACGCAGAGUAACUACACGAGGGAUUCCACAACCAAUAGCAAUGCGGGCAGCGAGACGGCGGCAGCGAAGGAAGGGGACCGCAGACGGCCGCCGCCUGCGGAGGAUGAGUUCCGGCAACCUUCGCCAUUCCCACUAGGCAACCACGAACGGCCCCCCCUCGGCGGCGACAGAGACCUGGAUAUGCUUGACCUCAUUACCGAUCUCAACUCCGAGCAGUUCAACAUCGACCGAGGAAUUCCUCCGCCAAGCGCUGACAGCAUCAGUGGCCUCGACGUCUGGGAAUAUAACGACGCGUUUAGCGGCUCGGCGUCGCCGAUGGCUCUAUUAGGAUAUAAUAAUAAUAGCGAGGUGAUGUUUGGGAAUGCUGAUAAGGCGCUGGAGGCGAUGAUUACAAAAGCGAACGCAUCGAUGCGGGGGCAUUCGUCAUCUUCGGCAAGCCCCUAUACGAGCUCGCCGUCUGCCGUGCCUUCAGACGAUCUCAUGCGUCGAUCCAGGGCUGGGACGGUAUCGACGCAGGCUGGAUCGCAGCUGAGCGCGGCACUCGACGACCAUGGCUUCCCCCGAUUAACGCCUCCGCAGACAGUCGAUCACCUGGAGCAGCAUUCCCCCGACGGCUGUAAUUGCUUACAGCUCACGGCCCGCUUUCUGGAAAGUCUCGGCGCCAAAAGUGGCAGCACCGAUGCCGAAUCGCUGGAUGCGCUCUUAUGCUAUCUUAGGGGGGCGCUAAACAGAUUUUCUUCCUUUCUAGAGUGCAAACAGUGUUCGUCGACGAGUUCGAACAGCAUGCUCGUGGCCAUGGCAGGACGGUACAUCAGCACACUCUACGAACACCUUAUCAAGUCUUACGUUAGGAUGUUGGGGGAUUACGCGCCUCUCCCCUUUCCCGAUAGCAGUGGCGAGGGAGUGCACUUCUUGUCCUACCGCAUAGAGGACGCCUACGAGCAGAUGCAGGUGCUUCGCUGCCUCGUAUCCAUACAACUAGACCAAUUUUGGCGGCUUCUGGAAAAGCUCAAGGCUCGACCGGGGACUUUCAACGGCCAUCUAGACCUGCUAGCCGAGGCGGAGAAGAGGGUUCAGGAGGCGGGGAGCAUACUGAGGGCAGCCCUGGACAAGUGCCCGUACAUCACCAACGGUGCCUAGCAAGGAGUUUCAGUGCCGGACAAGGAUCACCCCAUCACAGUACCGGAUACAACGGCUUGCCGUUUACGGCUUUGAAUCAGGGAGGCAUGAAUACACGGCGCGGGAGAGGAACCACUUUAAUAGGACUGGAUACCCAAUAGAUAGGUGGCGGUUAACCAAUUUUGGCAGGGCCGCAAGACCCCCUUUACGCCAACCCCAUCACAAGUCUCGUAGGACUCGGCGGGCAAAGCCAAAUAAAACAGUUUACGGAGACCAUAUUAGACUUCCGCGCGGAGAACCAUGCCAGGUAGAGAGAAAACAAGAUGCUAGAAUA